UAUCUUUGGGAUGUUUAAGGUGGCGUCACUUGCUUACUGAGGAAAUAUAGAGAGAAAUAUUACAUUAACGCGUAUCGACCGAGCAAAAACAAUUUUUUCCCUCUUCGCUUAGACAUUUCAACAUUUUGACACAGCACUACUUUUUGGACAACAUUUAAAAACAUAUAUUAUGGAAUUAUCACAUGAAAUACUUGAUACAAUAGAUAUUAAUGAUGACAAAGAUGUGAUAGAAGUAUUAAAACAUGCUAUCAAUGGUGAAAGUGUUAUAGUAGAAUCAGAAGCUACAGAAGAUUCUCUAGAAACAGAAAUAGAAGAAAUUAUAGAAAUAAUAGAAGAAAUAGAAGAAGAAAAAGAAGAAAUACCACAAGAUGAAAUUACAUUUAUUGAAAACAAAAAUGUCAAUAUUAAAACAGAAAUAGAAAAUUAUACUUUUGAUGAAGACAAUUCAAUCUUCAAAACACAAUCUGAGAAAGAAUAUGAAAAAAAAAAUCAGUAUAAUAAACAUAAUAAUAAACAACUUAUAACAUAUGAUGUACAUGAAGAUUGGCAAGAUGAAGAUAUGGAAGAAGAAGAAUGUCAAUUUGAAUUAAACUUUGAACAUAAUUCAAAUACAUUAAAUCAUUGUACAGAAUCUUUGCAAGGACAAAGAAUAUUGAAUUGUGAUAAAAAAUAUGUAAAUAAUCAAAUAAUUUCUUUACCAUUACAAACAAAUAAAUCAGAAUUGAGGGACAAUACAGAAUCUUUGGGUAGAAUAGAAAAAUGUAAAUUAAAUCAGGAGUUUGAAAAUAAUAUGAAUGAUGAAAAUAUUGAUAAUAACGUAAGUCAUGAAAUUGUGAAGAAUGUUGAAAAUAAUUUAUUAUAUACUGUACUUGGUACAAAAAAACAAAGUUCAAUAAAAACAUUGCAACCAGAUAAACUUUCAGAUACUCAUUAUAUUAAGAUGGAACAAUUAGAUGAAAAUACUAUACCAAUUGGAGGAACAAUUUAUUAUGAAGCUGAUAAUAUAGAAACAUUAUAUGUUGCACAAACAGUAGAUGAUAAUGAACAAUAUUCUUAUGAUACUGCAGUAAUAGAAAAUGAGGAACAAGUAUGGGAAACAACUAAUUCAGAUUCUAAUCAAAAUCAAGAAAAAGAAAAUUCUCAGAAUCAAAUAUUUUUACAUGAAGAUGAAGAUGGUCAAUUAUACUAUAAAGAUGAAACUGGAACCUUACAACCAGUAUAUUUAACUGAAGAUGGACAUUACGCUAUUGCAGAAAAUAGUAAUGAUUCUGAAAGUAAAGAAUCACAAAUUAAAUCACAACAGAAUGCUAGAAAAAUGGAAGAAGAAUCUUACUCUAUACCAGAUAAUGAAUUCAAAUCUACUUAUAACAAUAAACAGAAUUCUAUAAUAUCUGCUACUGAUCUUGAUAAUGAAGACAAUACUGUAACUAUAUCUUUAAUAAUAUCUGAGGAUGAACAUGGACAAAAAAGGACACAAGUGAUUAUACCAACAACAGAUAAUUUAAAAUGUGAUAUCUGUAAUAAAAACUUUAAAACAUCACUUCAAUUACUUCGACAUAAUAGACUGAAACAUGCUCGUGAAGAAGAUAUUACAACAAGAAAUUUUCCAUGUGAUUUAUGUCCUAAAAGAUAUCCAGAUCAAAAUUCUUUAGCUCGUCACAGAAAAACUCAUACUGGUGAUCGACCAUUUCAGUGCCUCGAAUGUCAUAAAAACUUUCCAACAUCUACUGCUCUACGUCGUCAUUUGACACUUCAUAAUUCACAAUCUCGACCUCUUCCAUGCAUUUACUGUGGUCGUCGUUUCGUAGAUAAAGCUAGUUUGGUUAAACACGAGCAGUCGCAUUUGGCUGGUGAUCAGCGGACCCACACAUGCGAUGUAUGUCAUAAAUCAUUCUUACAUGCAACUGAUCUGAGUCUUCAUAAAAAAUAUCAUGAUCCUGAUAAGAAAUUUGACUGUAAUGUUUGUGGUCGAGAGUUCAACAGAUUGAACAAUUUGCAGAGACAUAUGAUGGUACAUCAACAACAAGGAGCAAAUGAAGAAAUACUUUCUUGCGAUGUAUGUGGUAUCACGUAUAAAUUCAUGAGUUCAUUGACAAGGCAUAUGGUGACGACACACAUGAAUCCAGAAAAAUUAAGACAACAAGCAGAAGAACAACGAAGAAAGCGCGAAAAUAAUUACCGUCGUUAUUUAGAAAAUCGAAAAAUUUAUGAAACUCAACAUUCAGGAGGAUAUGGAACUAAACGAAAUUAUCAUAAUACGCGUAUACUUAGUGGAAGUAAUGAUGAAGCAGCUUGAUUUACAUUCUUAAGUUACUAUUUAAUAACUUCCCAAAAAAGAACCAUGGUAAAACUAUAGUUUUUCAAAAUGAAAAGAAAAACAGAAAUAUAAUAAAUAUUUGCGUAUAAUA